AUGCCAAAAUACGAUUUAUUAAGCCAGGAAGAAGGGGAAGAUAGAAGCUUUUUUUUGCUUCUUCUUCUUUAUAACAUUUGUGCCAUCUCUCUCAGCUUUGAUAGAUCUAUGAUUAGUACAAUUGUCUCUGUAUUAGAGACAUGGGCACUACGACAAAAGGGAGAUGAAGUAUUGUUAGCUACUUGGUAUCCAGAUCUCAAGUACCAUGCUGUCGAGUUAACAUUUAUUCCGGUUCUGAUGUUCAUGUUACUUAUUUAUUCAGCGUGGAAACUUGUGAGAUCCAAAACGUCGUACGAGUCCCUUUUGUUGGCUUUCGAUCCACCCAAGGAGACAUCGCUAGAAGAAAAAAUUUCGCUGGGCAUCUUGAUUGGAUCUUGGACAAUGACUUUUGUACAGAGAUGGAUAAAGAGUGAUUUGCUUCACUUGCUCCUCCCUUGCUUCAUGAGCCAAAUUCUGCUUAUAAUUGUUAUACUAUAUCCGAACAAGCGAUCUGUCAUCCCAACCAUGUUAUUCAACAUAUAUCUUUAUACCCAGUGGGGAGGGUUGGCAGCUCUCCUAUUUCCAGAUCUCAGGGACCAUAUAUUGCCAGGGGAAACUAUAAAUUUUGUGAUAGAGCACUUGAUUAUUCUAAUAGCCCCACUUUUCUUGAUAAAAUCUGGUCGUUAUCUGAUACUCCCGUCGUCAAGAGAUGUGUACAUGUUUUCUUUCGCAAUUUAUAUAAUGUACAAUUGUCCAUUUGUUCAGUGUCUCGGCCUUUUUCUUGAUAUAAAUCUCAAUUAUCUUCAAGUGCCUCCUCCAGCCCCGAUAAUAGAGAUUAUGGGGCCAUAUUAUAGACCUGCGCUAUAUGUUAUAGCAGCAAUAAAUAUGUACAUUACUAGGUACAUACUUGUUGAUGGGGUUAUCCCCUUGCUGCAAAAAGAUUCCAUUUUAAGGACAAAAAAGGCUGAAUAG